UUUCGAUGGAAACGUAUCAUUUGGAAAAAAAAACCGCAGUGGUGGAUGUAUUGUACACAAAGUGGUCAUUAUCCGAGUACAAAGGGACAACACGUUGUGAGUAAUGCUGCCCUCUUGGUGGAAACAUUUACAGAUUGAGAGCAUGAAUUUUUAUCAAAGGUGGAGUCAGGAGACAAAAGCAAAUAUUUCGGGCGUGCCGAAUAUUUUCACACAAUUGCACUCAGUGUCAGCUGCAAGGGAAGCCCCGAAGUUGGCCCCCCACAGCUUUGGGAAGUGUACUUUAUCUGAGCCAGAGAACCCUCUGAACAAAGCCUCAGUGUCCCGCUGUCAAGCUUUUUCCAGCGAAACCCAGAGCAUGAGUGCAGAGCUGGCAGUGACUUCAAAAAUGCCCCACUGUGGAAAGCCCCCACUGCCAUCCAGAUCACACAAUGUCCCGUAUCACAUCAAGCACAGGUCUAAGCUUGUGAAAGAUGCUGUAUUAAAUGGAUCUACCCACAGGGAAGCGUGUAAACAAAUACAAAGCCAAGACAUCCUGAAGAGCAGGAACAAUGUGAACCACCUUUUCAACAGAACAAGCUACGGGCAAAUCGCAGAGUUUGAGCUCCCCUCCAGUGCUGAGACUCUGGACAACUUCCAGGGAGACACCAUCGCUGUCCUACAUCGCCACAUAUUGAAUGUAUUGUCUGGUGAAUCUGAGGUGGAGGCAGAUGGCGGCUUAACAGACUCCUGGCAGCACACACGUAGAGAGAGUGAUUCGAUCACCUUUUCGAAAACAGCACGUCAGUCAAGUUCAGUCUCUGCUGGCUGCUCUCACAGCCCGCUUAGACAGCAGUCUUUCAGGUCACAGUUAAGUAUGUCAGCAGUCCUGAGUGGAGCUCCUCUUAGCAGUGUCACUCCUCUCCUAAAACAAAGAAGGUCACCUCAUGUGAUGCCGACACCACCUGGCAAAGUCAACACGGGCUUUUCAGCUUGUACUCAGGGGGGAAAGCAAUGUCCUCCCUCCUUACUCAGCUCAGGCCUCUCUCAAAGGCAGACCUGUGUGGGCAACAUGGAGGACGGCGCUUUUCAGAAUGGAACCAGCAAUGCCAACACACUGCGGUCUCGUAAUAAAAGAAGAGGUCCAUAUACCUCUAAAACCUCCAUUAUGAUGACAGCUGGUGAAGGUGAAGCGCUUCCACAGAAUCAAGAGUGCCAAGGGGCUGCUGCUGCUGAAGUGCCCCCAUCUUCAAAAGACUGCGAUGGACAGAUGUUAUCCAGAUUCAAACGGAGGAUGUUAGAGGAGCCAUUACAGGACAAUGAGGAGGAAAAAGAGAAAGACCGAUGCCGGAUCUGCUACAGCAGUGACGCGUCACCGAGCAACCCAUUGUUGUCACCCUGCCUGUGUUCAGGAAGUCUGCUCUUCAUACACUUGGACUGCCUGAAAACAUGGCUCAAGGCCAAAAUCCACUCAGGGUUAUCUUUCCGUGCUGUCCAAAGAUGUGAAAUUUGUAAGGGGAGGGUAGUCGUGGACCCAAACGUGUUUGACUUGAAGGACUGUUACAUGAGAAUUCGACAGGGUGAUGGCAUCACUGGGCGCUCUGAUGUGUCAGAUAUAGUGGAUAUCAUGAUCAUCUCAGGAACUGUACUCUAUCUAUCCACAUUUAACUCCCAGCCGCCCUGGAUGCGAUUGAUGUUCAUUCCCUGCAUGUUUGCCUGCCUAAUGACAAAAAGAAAGAUGAGGAGGACCCGUCAAAUGUUAAUGGGCAUUUGAUCCCCAGCUCAAAUCCACAUUUGAGUGUUAUAAUAAAUUGCAGUGCAUCAAA